UAUUACUUUUCUUCAGCAGAAUUCCCAUCCUCGUGUAGCAGAGAGAAUGCCAUCUAUACCCGAAAAUGUCACGGAUCAGAUUAGGCUGUGGGAAUCAGAUCUGAACAGGGUUGAGAUGACUCCUGCACAUUAUUAUGAUGAAUUUCCUUCUAGGGACGUCUUCGAGGCUGCUUGUGACUACGCACGGGAAUGGAAUGGAUUGCUGUGGGAGGAUUCGAAAACCAUGCGUCUAGUUGUCAAGGCAGAAAUACACAUGCAUAUGCGAGAGCAUUUGCGCCGUCAAAAGUAGUAGGCCAGAUAUUUAGGGUUGGGUAUCGGUCAUAUCAGUCUGGUUAAUGGGUUUAUCGGUCGGUUAACUGAUAAGCUAUUUGUUAACCAAAUCCUAACCAAUUACCGAUCGAUAAGAAAUGUUAACCGAAAAUUAUCGGUCAUAUCGGUAAUCGGUUAACCGGUUGGUUAAAUCGGUUUAGGCUUUUGUGGGCUUUUAACUGGUUGCUAAUUGGGCCAAAAAUUAAUUGUUUUGGAGGCCCAAAUACGUUUUGUUGGGCUAAAGCCUAAAAUAGUUUAUUAAAAAUUAGUUAUUUUUUAA